AGUUAUAGCCAUGAAACUAUGGAAUCUGAGUUUUUAUCAGAGAACGAUUUUCAUGAAGGUGCAGGGAACUUUGAGGAUUGGGGAUUAGACGAUAGCCUCGAAAGUUUGGAACCCGAGUUUCUAUCGGAGAACAAUUUUCAUGAAGAUGCAGGCGAGUUGGAGGAUUGGGAACUAGAUGAUGAGUUCUUCACCAACAAUUUAUCAGAAUCUGGAAAUCCCAUGUCGGAAAACGAGUCAGAUUUUGAUUAUGGGGAUGCAAACAAGAUGGAAUCCUUGUGGGAACAUCAAGAUUUGCUCGAACAAAUAAAGAUGGAGCUCAGAAAGAUGAAUGCAUAUAUAAAAAUGUACAGACUGACUUUCUGCAUUGACUGUCAUUAA